AUGUCGACUGGUCUUGGCACACCCCAGGGAGUUCGUACAAUCAGGACCAUUCCGCACGGCCAGUAUACUGUCCUCAUUCUCGCACCCCUGUUGCAUCACGGGCGACCCUCAACAGCCGACUUCACUCGUAUCAAGAGAUACAUCUUUGAAGAGCCUACCUGGCCAUGGGUCUCUGCGUUUGCCAAUUUUUCGGCAAAUAGGUUUGUCCAAUCAUUAUACGAUGGCUGGUCCGGCUUCCGCAAUGAGGCUCGGGGAGUGUAUUAUGCACAUGCACAGAAGGAUCUCGAGAUACUCACUAGGUGGGCUACCAUCCUCGCUGUUGUGAAUGGGACGGAUUCUCAGCUUGCUGCUGGCCUGCAGGGACAGCUUUUCAUCAAUGCAGCAGAGAUUCUGCGAUAUCUCGGACCUAUGAAUACCACUGAUUACGUGUCCAUUGCGGCGAUGUUCUUUAGAGCUGUCGCACCCGCUUUGGUUCCAGUUGAGCAAGCGAGUUAUGGCGUUGCUGGUAGGAGCAGCAUGGUUGGCGAGUAUGGUCAAGGUGAAAUCGCUUCGUACUGA